CCUUCCUGAGGCGGCGGCCAAUCAGCGCGCGGGUGGGCGGGGCACCCGGCGGAAGUUUGGUCGCGCGUGGGUCACCUCGGGGCCCGGGAAGAUGGCCCAGAGGCUGGCACUCCGGCGGCUGCUGUCCCUCACCCCCAGGACGCUGCCCCCCCAGGGUCCCCUGGCACCGUGUGCGCCCCCAGCACCGCACGGCAGGGCCCUCAGCACCUCAGCAGCCUGCAGGAGCACCUUCAACGUGCAGGAUGGCAACGACUUCCAGGACCGGGUGGUGAACAACCCCAAACCCGUUGUGGUGGACUUCCACGCGCAGUGGUGUGGCCCCUGCAAGAUCCUAGGCCCCAGGUUAGAGAAGGUGGUGGCCAAGCAGGAGGGGAAGGUGCUGAUGGCCAAAGUGGACAUUGACGAUCACACAGACCUUGCUAUUGAGUAUGAGGUGUCAGCAGUUCCAACUGUGCUGGCUAUGAAGAACGGAGAUGUUGUGGAUAAGUUUGUGGGAAUAAAGGACGAGGAUCAGCUGGAGGCAUUCCUCAAGAAACUCAUCGGAGCCUGAAGUGAAAGGGUGGCUGUACCUCUGCCUCUGGACACGUCCGCGGUGUGCAUUCCUUGCCUGAGAGAGCUGAGGGGCACGUGAACUGCCUGCCCUGAACAACCUGGAGUUUUCCUCUGGUUUGGGGUUUUUAGAUGGACCGUGUUGUAACCCUUCCCUCCCACUCCCCCUUCUCUUGAGCAGCAGUAGCUGUAAAGGGCGCUGAGAAGCAGGGCUGCUUAUUCUCAAAAUGGGGAAUGUGGCUGGAAUUAGGAGUCUGUGUGUCAGCAAAGAGCUGAUGUGCAGAGCUGCUGCUGCUGAGUUAAGAGAAGGAAUGUUUUUCUCUUUGCCCAGCAUCUGAUAGCCCAGAGCAGAGGGCAGCUGCUCCCUGCAAGAUGCAGACACAUACCUGCCCUGGGUGGGUUUGUUUAAAGCUGAGAAUGCCUCUGCCUUGUCUGUGAAACCUGUCUCUCUGUUCCUCUGUCCUCGUGUCACUGGGACAGGUACAACUCCUCCAGAAAUCCAUGGGCUCCCAUCAUAAUUUUGUAAGAGAAAAUAGAAGUAUUUUAUGGAUCUCGUUUUGUAGGUCUGUAAUAAAGAGAACUUUAUCGGUCAGUGCUGUGUAGCUGGAGAAUAAAACUUAAUCCUCAGAAA